GAUAUCCCGCGCCUAUAGCUUAGAAGAAGCUACUGGGCCGCUGGCAUCCACCUGCACGAGCACGCAAUUUGAGCACUACCCGUCGUCCGCGUAUGUUUCAGAGCCGGCUGAAGGGGAGAUCGGGGUGGAAGUUUGCGACGGACAAAGCGUGACCUUCACAUGUUCGGAGGAGGUAAAGGAUAAAUUUCCUGCAGGUGUGAUGUUGGGCGCAUCGCGCCCUCCCCUGUCUGGUCGAAUGCUUAUGCGAAUAUUACUCCAUCAAAGAAGCUACGCACUUGGAAUUGGGGUUGGGUCAGAGAGCGCCAACCUUCGCAAAGAUCCAGAGUAUGACGAUUGCUUCCUCGGCUUGUACCACGGCGGUCAUUCCGUUAAUGUGGCUGCAUAUCACAAGAGAGUUCACAGAGGUGAAAGAAGUCAUGACUGGGGCGCAGAGACCAAACUCGCCAUUUUGUUCAAUUUCGAUGACGGUAGCAUGCAGUGCUUCAGCGGAUUAGAGCCAUUCGGCGAAGCAGUUUCCAUGAAAAGUGAUGAAUAUUGGCCAAUGGUUGUCUUCUGGAGGGAUGGCGACGCGGCCAGCAUUGCGAUGGACUAUUUGUAG